CAUUUAAGGAGACUUGAUAUGUUUUAAAAUAAUGAAUAAAACCCAAUGAGGUUAUAAACCGUAAAAGAGGAUAACGGGUAAAAAGAGUUCCCCGCGUCGGGGCGGAUGGUGUUAAUUGCCGGGGGCAUCUGAUUGGCUGCUGCAGGGCGCAGGGGGCGGGGCCUGCUCGGCGUUCAGGGAGCCGCGGCUGUCAGUCAGUGAAGCAGCAGAUCGAUGGCGCUCAGCCUCGCUCACGAGUACCUGCAGAUCCCCGUGGUGACGCGCGCGUACACGACCGCGUGCGUCCUCACCACCGCCGCUGUGCAUCUCGAGGUCAUCACCCCCUUCCAGCUGUACUUUAAGCCGGACCUGAUCAUCAGAAGAUGCCAGAUUUGGCGCCUUAUAACCAGCUUCCUCUUCUUCGGUUCUCUUGGAUUCAGUUUCCUUUUCAACAUCAGCUUUCUGUAUCGGUACUGCCGCCUGCUGGAGGACGGCUGCUUCCGGGGGAGGACGGCGGACUUCGUCUUCCUCUUCCUGUUCGGUGGCGUGCUGAUGACCCUGCUGGGCCUGUUCUCCGACGUCUUCCUCCUGGGUCAGGCCUUCGUCGUCAUGCUGGUGUACGUGUGGAGCAGAAGGAACCCGCUGGUCACCAUCGACCUCUUCGGCCUCCUCUUCUUCCGGGCGCCGUUCCUCCCCUUCGUGCUCGCCGGCUUCUCGCUGCUGCUCGGGAACUCCGUGGUGGUCGACCUGCUGGGCAUCAGCGUCGGUCACGUGUACUACUUCCUGGAAGACGUGUUUCCAAACCAGCCGGGAGGCAGGAAGCUGCUGACCACGCCGGAGCUUCUACGGACCUUGUUUGACCGGCCCGAGGACCCAGACCACCGCCCCCCCCAGGACUAAGACACACCACACCCCCCCUCCACCACAGUGUUUUAAAUCUGAAGGACACAAAGUGUUAUUUAAACGAACAUAAAGCAUUGUGGGUAGAAGGAAUGUAGUUCUUUUGUUUACUGCUUAAAGGCCCCCUGUGGAGCAGCCGACCACCAAGUGUCAAUGUGCGACGUCGCCACGACUACGAUCGUCUCUCACAGGACCUUUGACUUGAGAUGAAUCUAACAGAAAGGAUCUUGAUAUUUGGACUUUUUUAAAUUUGCUUUGUAGUGCCCUUCAUCAGCAGAUCUUACAUUAACCAUGUAAACGUCUCAUUUCACUAAACUGACGUCGCUGUGACACGAGUGACCUCGUUGUCUCUGAUGAAGGAAUGACAUCAUGUGACGCCCCGUCUGCACACGCUGCACUUUCCCCCCCGAUGCCUUUGUGGGUCAGACACUGAGCGACCAAAUGGAAACUGCUUAGCACAACAACACGAAACAAGUCCCUGUGUGUGUGUGUGUGUGUCCUGCAUCGUCGCCCAUGGCAACACUCUUCAGCCAGUGACGAUCGUUCGGGGGCCGAAAAGGGAAGUCAAGGGUAAAUAAUCGACCUUUAGAUAAAUAAUUAUUUCAGAUAAAAGAUUUAAGGUGGAUCUCAUUUUAGCUCAAAACAGAAAAGUGUAUUUUAUUUAAUGAAAAUCAACCUGUAAAAAUGAAAAUAAUAUUUCUGGUCUCGGAGGGAAACCUUCCCGAGGCCGGUGGGACGUCGUCAUAAAGCGGGAAGAGAUGUGACCUGAUGGGGGCGCUAGAGUGAUCGAGUCGUCCUCUGAGGAACCGGACAAAUUGCAGGACAAUAAAAGAUAUUUUCAAUCCGUACCAACGUCUCUAAAAACAGCUUUAACGUUAGAAACGAAUCACUUCAAACGAUCUGAGACGUUUGUUCUGUUUUAGCUUUUAACGAACCAAGAGUGAAACUUUCAGCUCAUUAACAAACUGUUAAAGUGAAUAAAACCGCUGAAUCAUGUGAGUAAUUAUGUAUUUAGUUACUGCAGAAACUUAUUGAAAGAUGUUUUAAACUUGAAAACAAAUAUUAAAGAAUCAACAACAACAAGCAA